AUGGCAGAAAGGCUUGGAACAGAAUGGUUUUGCUUGUGUUCAGCUUCAUGUAAUGACACUUGCCUUUCUCUCUGCUUGAGCUCUCUCUGCUUUGAACUUCCGGUUCCCUGGUAGGAAUCAUAACACCCAUAUAUAUAUUUACUUACUGGUGCUUAAAUGAAAAGCAUAUGCAGUGGUGGUUUUAUUUGUAAUGUCUUUUCAGUGUAUCUUUAAUUAGAAGUGCCUGCUAUCUUUCAGACACGCUCAUCCCAGGACCUCAGCAUCCAGAAUGUGGUGCUACUUUUUCUCAAGCCUUUGUUAAUGCCAAAUUAUUUAAAGCAAAAACAAUAAAAAGGGAGAAUUUCUUUUUAGAUUUAGCUUUUGUCAAACAGUGCUGCCAGAAAUCCUGCAUGUUGCCUGAGCUGGCUUUGCGUAAUGGCUUCUCGGUGGUAUUACCGUGGUGGUGGGGACGCAGAUGUGAUCAAGCGCAAGUUGCAUUUGUGUUUAGUUCCCCUGUACGUACCCAAAGGCUUCAGAGCUGGGUAACGUUCGAGCUGCAAGGUCCACAUCCCCACCAACCCCCUGUGUGGAAUUGUUUUCUGCUUAAUCUCCAUAGAGGCAGGGGCUUCAGAGUAGGUUGUGACUGUUUCAUUCUCGAGCGCUUAAGAUGCAGAAUGGAUGUUCUGCAGUUGUUGGCAUUUUCCCUGCAGAGAGAUGAGUUAUGAGAAUUGCCUCACUUGAAUCUCCCUUAGGGCAGGUAAACCGUGUUGAUAAGCCUGUGUCGUAGGAUGAGCCAUAAAAACGUUCUGAUGUUUCUCAGCUUUUGUGGAUGGAGAAGUGAGAGUCUCACAAAUAAAGAUUGUUCUGCCUCUGAGCUUGUCGGGCUUUUGAGCUGAAUAAAACAAGUGCUGUUCUGCAUUAAGUAGUGCAGAUGUUGCUGCACGAGGACAUGCUUCUCCCAGUCAUGAGGAAGAUGGACUUGAGUCUUGGUGAACUAAACAAAUUCAGGUUGUGUGGCCUCAUCCCGCCUCCCUAGGACGCCGUCGUUACCCAUGCUGAAUUAUUCAUACACUACGUUUCCUAGGAAUGCUGAGUUUGUAGGUGAAAUCCAUAAAAAGCAAACCAAAUGUGUUGCUGAAGGUGGCAUCUGCCUUACUCUCUUGCUGAGGUGGCUGAACGUAGCAGUAGGAGCUGUAUUUGGUAGGUGUUGCUAUGAAUUCUGAAAAAUACUCUGCCAUGUUGUGGUUGUUCUUGUCAGUACUAUGUCUUCCAGAAUACAAAGGUGCUUCAAAGUGAGUGGCUUGAAGGGAUGUUUCUUUGUUAAGACAAAACGCGAGUAUUCUGUGACCUCAAAACAGGACAAAUGCCAUCUGUGGAGCAGUAAAAGGGACAUGCUUACAUGUGUAGUAAAAGAGGGACAAUUCUACAAUUGCUUCUGAUUCCAAAUAUGGCACUGGAAAAGCAGUAAUAACUUGAAGGCUCAAAGCUGCCAAGGAGUUUGACCUGCUUAUGUUAAAUUCUUGUUCUGGAUUCUCUUCUAGAAGAGUCCCUCUCCUUCUGCUGACGGAGACUAAUCUUCAGGGGCUAAGGUUGGCUGCUGUUCCAUUUCUACACGCAUCUGUGCAAGCGUUGGGACCCCAAGAGACAGCAGUGUUCGUGCAGUGACUGAGCAGCGGUAUUCAUAGUCUCAGAGGUGAAAAGCACACUCAGGAUAACAAAAGUAUUUGUCUCCUUAAUAAGUUUUUAGGAAUUGUUUUCCUUUGUCUUUUCACUCCCCCAGGCAGAAGCGAAUUCAGGAAGAUGGGAUUACAGUGAGAUAAAGCUGACCCGUUGUGCCACUUUUCAGCAUUUUAUCUAUCUCAUUUUCAGGAAAGGAACUUCCUCCUCUUUCCCAUAGGCCUGUCCCUAUCCGUGCUCCUCCGAUGGGUUUAUCCAGGAUUUCCUGCCGAGGAGAUGCCGGCCUGGCUUCCCCAGCCCUCCCUUAGGCGGGGACCUUUCCUCUGCUCCAGCCGAAGAAUGUUGCAGCUUGGUGGAGGCAGAAGCCAGCACUGCCUUUUGACCUAUCUAAGGGUGCGUGUUCACAGAAGGAGCCCCCGAGGGCUGUGGCCCGCCAGCUCCCAGCCCACUGAGGUGUGGCCGCAUGGCCCUAGUGCGAGGGGGGACAGCCCGGGAGCUCCGUCCCCGGUAACCGCUACCCCUUGGAGCCCUCCACUCAGUCGCUCCAUGUCCUUAACCAGCAAGCCUUUCUCUCAUCAUGAGUUCCGAAUUAAAUGUUCCAGUGGAUCCUUCCACUCCUGCUUGCUGCUCUGAACCUGGCACAAAAGGCAUGGAUUAUCGGGACUGGGUUCGGCGCAGCUAUCUGGAAUUGGUCACAUCGAACCACCACUCUGUUCAAGCACUUUCUUGGAGAAAAUUGUACCUGAGCCGAGCCAAGCUGAAAGCUUCCAGCAGAACCUCUGCCCUGCUGUCUGGAUUUGCAAUGGUUGCCAUGGUGGAGGUGCAGCUGGAGAUGCAGUACAAGUACCCCCAGAUGCUGCUGAUCGCUUUCAGUGCCUGCACAACAGUGCUCGUGGCAGUUCAUCUCUUUGCCCUUCUCAUCAGCACCUGCAUUCUGCCUAACGUGGAAGCAGUGAGCAACAUCCACAACCUGAACUCCAUCAGUGAGUCCCCUCAUGAGCGCAUGCAUCCCUACAUUGAGUUGGCGUGGGGCUUCUCCACUGUCUUGGGGAUCCUCCUUUUCCUUGCGGAAGUCGUGCUUCUGUGCUGGAUAAAAUUUCUGCCUGUAGGCUCCAUCCCGAAAAAUGAGACCACCAACGUCGAGAAGCCCAGCAGCCAUGCAGGUUGGCAGUCAGCACUGGUCUCCACCAUCAUCAUGGUCCCAGUGGGUCUGAUUUUUGUCGUCUUCACUAUUCACUUCUACCGCUCUUUGGUGCGGCACAAAACGGAGCGCCACAACCGAGAGAUCGAAGAGCUUCACAAACUGAAAGUGCAGUUAGACGGGCAUGACAGAGGCAUGCAGCAGGCAACUCCUCUGGUGGAACCUGGAGCUGUACUGGCAAGUCUGACAGAGCUGGAUCCGGCAGGAGAGCUGUGUGCCAUUAAAGAGCUAUCACGUGUCAUUUGAACGGACUUUGGUUUUUUUCAGCAGCGGAUAAAAUGACACUUGCACAUCUGUAUUGCUUAACAAGGGAAGCUUGUUAAUUCUGUAGCAUCCUUUUGGGUGAAAACUUCUGUAAAACUGCUUUUAUGAUUUAUGGUAACUUUAUGGAGGGAAAAGAGUGUUUUGCAAUCAUCAGCUCUUUUAAGGGAAAGUAAGACGAUUUCUGCCACCAGGGCUGAAAGAAACAUAGGCAUGUUUUCUUGGCCCUGAUCCUGUGCCGAUUUCCUGCUCUGCACUCAAACAUUGCAGUUUGAGUCUCCCAGGCCUUACAGGUUUCUUAAAUUGUUAAGGAUAUUUGUAAUGUUCUAUUUAAUCCUGGUCCCUUAUUCCACUGGGAUUUGAGAAAUUUAAUGGCAGUGUAUUACAUGUCAGCUUCCCAGAAUGGAGCGUACACACAAAUCCCAGCACAUCAGGGUGAAACUAUCCCUGUGUUCCUCUCUGGCAAGGGCCUUGGGAACCCAACUCUCAUGUCUCUUGUUUACAGGCGAGUUUGAGCGUUGCUGAACAAGUUGCUUAGCACUGUGUCUGUGGCUUUCAUCUGUUGUUCUUGCUGCAGUUGGCAUGUACCAUAUUGGCUGAUGUGCAGCAAAGAAAAUAGUCUUUGUGUGCUACAUGACUAGUCUGUACUUAUGCACGUAAGCAAAAAAUAAGGAGUGUCCUCCAGGAAGCGGGUGGUCAUGAAAUUCAUACGAUCUCCCCAGGAGCCUGCCCUCUCUCCCUCCUCUUUUCACCACAGUAAAAAUUAAAGGUUUAUACAACAAAAUCAGAGUUGCGUUUUCUGCCAAGUAUUACACACAUGGGCUCUUCUACCAACAAAAUUUCUAUUGUGAGGCCAGAGCCAGACCAGGUAAGAUGAAACUUUCAUUUGUACUUUCAGUCUCCUUUAAUAUCAGUAAUAAUAGGACUCGGUGUGCUGUGGAGCUCAAGAGGUUCAGAAAAAUAUUGAGCCAUUUCAGUAAUCUAAAAAAAAUAAAAUCAAGUUUCACGGUGUGCAUACAGUGCUGUGAAAGCAAUGCAGCUCAUUUGGAAACUGCCAAAUCAUUCCUUUAAUUCUUUGCAAAUGUAAUGAACUUUAGCAAAUGGAGAAAUGCAGCAGAAACUGUACUUUAAUUUUGUAGAAUAACUUGGUGAGGCUUUGGUGGGAUUGGAAUCCAGAUAAGCCUCAAGGCAGUGGAUCGGUGACUGGAGUGGGAUCACCUUACUCUGGCAGGGAGCCUGAGGUAUGGUUUGAGAUGGUGUCCCAAGGGUGAAUGCACUUAAAACAGAAAAAUAAUGAAUGUGCUUUCCCAUCUCUGCUCACAGCUUGCUUUCUUGUGUCUCUCUGACCACUGAGUCCUCCCUUCUAUGAGAAGCCCAAGGGAGUAUUUUUGCUCUUUGACUCUGGUGUCUGGGAUGUCUCUAGGUUACCCAUCACCUGCAUGCUCUAACUUGUCUUUCCCAACAACAGCAUUUGCUUUUCUCGUUCCUGCCUCCCUUCCUCCAACUUGUUUACAUUUUCACCACUGUUAGGACCAGAAUUGUAUUGUGGAAAGAUGGCCUGUGGUAUCAGCCAUGGGAGUUCAUCCGUAAAAGAGUAGGGAUGUUGUACUUGUCCAGAUGGGUGUUUGCUACAGCGCCAGAAAAUCUUCCUUGCUUCUGCUGCUGCCUCUGUGGCCGUCAGCAGGACUCCCAUCAGUCAAGUGUGGAGAUAUCUGCCUUUCCACACCGUCGCUGGUGUCCCAGCAGGGCUGGCAGCACGCUCUGUCACGUCCGGGUUUGCCUGCCGGUGCCUGGCCACGUCUGUCCUGUGCUGUCACCUCUCUGUCAUUCCUGGGGCGUCUGUCAUUCCUGGGAUCUCCCAAGGUCUGUAUGGCUCAUUCCUGCAGUGCUUGCACAGGGAUGCUUCUCCCAAGAGUCCUACCCUCGGGCUGGGAUGUGUGUCGAGGAGCUCCCCCGACGUGUGUUAGCUCGUAUGUAAGCUAACAUGUACCAGCCUUGGGCCUCUGGGCGCUGUAGUUUGGGAUGGCUGUUGCCCUAAUUCUAGCCCCCUUGGGCUGUGACUUUCUGGACCAGGUCUUGCCCUGUUUGGGCCGCUUCUUCAAUUUCUGCAGUGGGGUUUGCCUUGGCUUGCUGCAGGGGAGAGCCACGAUCUCACUCCGGAGUCCUGGGUCCUCUUUCAGAUUUUUUGACAGUUUUUGCCCAGCAUAAAAAUGCCUCUGCAGGCUCCAGCACUGGAAAGUGCUCCAGACCCUUGCUAAAGUGGGGAAGGAGCUGUCAAGGACAGGGGUACGGCCCUGCCUCAUACUGUUCCUGGACACCUGCCUUGGUUUAGGAGGUGACUCCUCUCUCUCCUUGCCCAAUUAGCAGGAGUCAAGACUGGGCACGAAUACGAGCCAGAGGGAGCUGUGGGAGCUGGAGCAGGAUCAGGUUCUCCCUUCGCUGUGGUUAGCGGCUCCCUAUUUUUAACGUUGCCCUGGGGCAGGCCUGGCUCCGGUAGCUGCUGCCCCGUUGUUUCAGUGGAUAUGUGACUCUUGGGGAGGCUUUAUGACCAGGGAAGCCGGAGCAGAUGUUGGAUUUGACUGUCUGGGCCUGACCCACGUGACAGAUGAAAGCGAUACUGUGCAAGAGCCCCGGCGGGAGCGCGCUCUGCAGUAAGCGCUCAAAUAUGUGGGAGUGUUUAUAGAGCUGGUAGCGUGGUGCAGCUGCAGAGUGAACAUCCUUCAGUUCCCUGAUGCUGGGACUUUUGCCACGGGGACGGCGACACUGGGCUUGGAGGUGCAGGGUGCCCAGCCAGCUGCGGGACUGGUUGCUUGCACUUCACAUCUCCUCUUGCCUUUCCAUGGCUUUCCAUGGGAUUUCAUAAUGUCCUUUCUCUUCUUUCCCUGCCUUAAACAAAGGCAGGCUUCUGUAGCUUUGUUAUCUUCUAAAUCUUGUAUCUACUUUUAAAACAGCUUCCUCAAUGCCUGCCCGUGAGCUGCAAUCUCAACUUCAGAUCCCAGCACAACUGGGCCAGCAGGGCUAUUUUCUGAUUAACUUCUCACGGGCUGUCUCCUCUGCACCCAUUUCAAACCAAGCUGUUUCAGUAAUCGCUGACUGGCUGAAUUUGGGAAGCAUUCCCAUGAAUACCCGUGCAUACAACUGGGAGCUUGCCCUCUGCCCAGGGCUGUAACAACGAUGAGUGCUAAUUGCUAGGGAAAGAAAAAAAAAGUAUCUCUGUAUUUUAGCUUUUCCUAUUCUUGUUUUAUCUUUGCAUGAACAAUAUUUAAUGUAGAAAAAUGUUAUCUGAGUUAUUGUCCAGUUGCCUGAGAGAAACUGGAUAAACUUGCCAAGUUUUAUGCUUCUUGCUGAUUUCAGACUGAUUCUUUGAAAGGCAGCUCAAGUCCUCCAGCAUCCUCUAUGGGUUAACUUGGGUUUUGCCUUUUUUUUUUUUUUGUAAUUAAAAAUCUUGGUCGGAUA